UGCGUAGUUUUUAUCCAGAACCACAGAGAGUUUUGUUGUCUGCUAGUUGGAAGGGGAUUAUACAUAGUGUUGGUCAAGAAUUUGAAGGUGGAGUGCCGGGGUUUCGCAUUGCAUUGGCUAAGUAUGCAGUUGAGUGUGGUUUUGCAGUGAAUUAUUUGAAGAACGAUGCAACAAGAGUAACCGCUGAAUGUAUGAUGAAGUCGUCUACGGGUUGUAAAUGGUUUGUGCAUGGAAGGGUGUUGAUGGAUUCUGGUGUUUUUUUUUAUAAUGAAGUUGGAUAAUGUGCAUACUUGUGGGGUUGUUGCUCGUAGAUCUUGUAGCAAAAUGGUUGGUUCUAGACUUGUGUGUGAUAUUGUGCAAAAUGAUAUUAGUGAUAAUCCGUUGACUCGUCCUAUUGAAGUUAAAAAAAAGUUGAAGAAGCAAUAUGGUAUAGAUGUUUCUUAUCGGGUUACAUGGUUAGGAGUUGACAAGGCAAGAGGUGGGUUGUUUGGUGAUUUUGCAACUUCUUUUGACCAGCUUCGAUGGUACCUUGAGACGGCUAUGAGAACGAAUCCGAGAAGUGUGUUUGAAUUAGAUGUGGAUGAAAGUAGUGGGUGUUUUCGGAGGUUGUUUGUGGCAUUUCAUGGAUGUUUGUAUGGCUUUCAAUUUUGUCGUCCGUUGUUGUUUGUUGAUGGUACAUUUUUGAAGGGGCGUUACAAGGGGCAUUUGCUUGCAGCAACAUCAAAGGAUGGUAAUCAAGGUUUGUUUCCUUUGGCUUUUGCGAUUGUUAACGCUGAAAAUCAAGAUAAUUGGAUGUGGUUCUUAAUUAAAUGUGCUUAUGCGCCAACGGUUGCUUCUUUCCAACAUUAUAUGGAGAAAUUGAGGCGUAUUGCUGGGAACGGUAGAGUUGAUAGUAUGUUGGAUGAUUGUUUUAGAGAAUACAAGGAAUCUGUUUAUCCAGUGCCUUCAAGUGAGAGAUUUGACUUUGAUGGUGCCAGUAGUUCGGUUAUCAAACCUCCUAUAGCGAAGAAACAGCCCGGGCGGAACAAGAAGAAGAGGAUACCUUCUAGGGGUGAGAAUGUGAAGCAAAUCAAGUGUGGGAGGUGCUUGAAAUAUGGAAAUCACAAUAAGAAGACGUGCAAGGCUGCUAUUUGA